ACUUAAAAUAAAACAGUGCAGGGGAAUAGUGGCCUCCCUUUCUCUUCUUAACCUAGGGCACGACGGCCACCGAGAGAUCGGUCUGUGACUCAACAUCGAACGGUUCUAGUAAAAGCAAAGGAGAAACUUCCUUUUUAUUAUUUCCUUCUCUAUCUCUCUCUAGUGUCUCACAAAUGAAGAUUUUAGAGGCCAAUGCUGGUGCACUCACAAAUUUUGAGGUCCUUGAUUUCUUACGAACUAAAGGAGCUUCAAAGGAUCCAACAAGGGUUAUUGCCAAAGUAGCUCAGUCUGAAUACAAGCAGGUUUAUGAUUAUUUGGUUGACACUGCUGCCUCUGAUCAAACAAGAGAGAGCAUCAACGAGUUUUUGACUAGUAUUAAACAGCAUGAUCUAGCAAAAGCCGAGGUUCUGAACAUAUUAAACACUAGGCCAGCUUCUGAAGUUGAAUUAUUCCCUAUCAUAGAGAGUUGUGAGGGGCGUCUUCCAGAUGAAGAGGUGACCGAAAUAGUAGAGCUGGUGACAAGAACAUUGCCGCCACCUCCCAGUAUGAAGCAGGAAGAAAUCACCAAGGUUGACGAAGAAACUGCUACAUUAAAAAAUGAAAACGAUGAGGUUAUUGAAGAUCCCACGGACACAAGACAAGACAACUAAUUGGGUGCUAUUCAUAUAAAGUUGCAUCUUAAUUUUAUGUACAAUUAUUACAUAAUUGUUUUUGUUAUCUCUUUUUUAUCAUAUUAUAUAAUGUAUAAAUUUAUCACUUUUACUUUUUGCUAGGUGUAUAUUAAAAAUUAAUUUUUUUUAUUACAUGAAUACUUUCUACAAUCUAUUAACUUUUUGCUUGAAAAUCUCAUCUCCAGAUGGCUUGUUGAAA